GGCAGAGAGAGUACUUUGUGUACAGAAUAAAUAUUGAUACAAACCAAAGCAAGGGUCCAAUUGAUCUGUGUGAGCGUAACAGGAGCAGAGCUGGUCUCCAUGCUGUGUUUGACUGCACACUGGAUGUGGAUGCCACUUUCUGAACUUGGUCCCCCUGCAAAGUGACGGUCACAGGAAAAGGCUGAAGACGCCCUGCUGGCGAGGACACUUGACCCCUCUUUCUGUGGAUGAGCGGGGCCUGCUGAUCUGACCACGGUGCUCUCGGAGGGGGAGGAAAGGUCAUGAAUCAGUGACUUUGAGGAAGAGGCCAAGGAAGACGAACAGGGGAGACUUUGCAGGGCUAAUGUGUGACAGGAAGAGCUCCAGAAGGCAUGCAGGAAAGAGGGAGUCAUCCUCGCGCUCGAGUGAAUCAGGGUCGCGCUCGGCAGAUGCUGCAGCACCCGAGGUACCCAUAGUCAUCCCAGAUGUGAAGGAGUUUCUUGCCAAAGCCAAAGAAGAUUUCCUGAAGAAAUGGGAGAAUCCAGCACAGCAAACUGCGGCAUUGGACCACUUUGAGCGUUUGAAGACUUUAGGCACCGGUUCGUUUGGCCGAGUCAUGCUGGUUAAACACAAAGAGUCGGGCCAGCAUUUUGCCAUGAAAAUACUUGACAAACAGAAGGUAGUGAAGCUGAAGCAGAUAGAACACACACUGAACGAGAAACGUAUCCUGCAAGCUGUCAGCUUUCCCUUUCUGGUGCGACUGGAGCACUCUUUUAAGGACAACAGUAAUCUGUAUAUGAUAAUGGAGUAUGUACCCGGCGGCGAAAUGUUCUCCCACUUAAGGAGAAUCGGUAGAUUCAGUGAACCACACGCCCGCUUCUACGCAGCCCAGAUUGUACUGACCUUUGAAUACCUUCACUCGCUGGAUCUCAUCUACCGAGAUCUUAAACCGGAGAACCUGCUCAUCGACCAGCAAGGUUACAUACAGGUAACAGAUUUUGGAUUCGCAAAAAGGGUGAAGGGCCGAACCUGGACGCUUUGCGGCACCCCAGAAUAUCUGGCACCAGAGAUCAUCCUCAGUAAGGGUUACAAUAAAGCAGUGGACUGGUGGGCUCUGGGAGUGCUGAUAUAUGAGAUGGCUGCUGGUUACCCCCCCUUCUUUGCUGACCAGCCUAUUCAGAUUUACGAGAAGAUUGUAUCAGGGAAGGUUCGCUUUCCCUCCCACUUCAGCUCAGACCUGAAGGAUCUGUUGAGAAAUUUGCUGCAGGUGGACCUGACCAAGCGCUUUGGCAACCUCAGGAACGGAGUCAACGAUAUCAAGGGCCACAAGUGGUUCGCCACCACUGAUUGGAUCGCCAUCUACCAGAGGAAGGUGGAAGCUCCCUUUAUUCCUAAGUGCAAAGGCCCUGGUGACACGAGCAACUUUGACGACUACGAGGAAGAGGAAAUCAGAGUCUCCUUCACAGAGAAGUGUGCAAAGGAGUUUGCUGAGUUCUAGAUUCCAACCAUGAGUAGCGGAGGGGAGAGAGAGAGAGAGACAGACAGACAGACAGACAGGGGUUUAGAAAGUAAAAAGGCGAAGGAAGGGAGUGCUAGGGUGGACUGCUAACUUGCUUAUUUGUAAUGACGACAACAAUGUAAUCCCCCCCCCCCUUCCCCCCUCUAACCCCCAAAUGGAAAGGUAGGCAAAGCGAAGAAAGAUCCAACAGAACCAGCAGUGUUGCCUUCUCUGAUUGUUUCUCAACUGUUAUCUAUUCAUUUUAUUUAUCCCUCUUGUGUUUGCGACAGGGGCUCGAGGAGAACAGGCAUAGGUUGUGGCAGUCCAGCUAUACUUGUAUCUUUCUGACGGUGUAAUGACACGUUUUUCAGUCUUUGCAGGUUGAGGCAUUGAUUUUCUGUUAAGGUACUGAAUCUGCUAGGCUCCUUUUUUUUUUUUUUUUUUUUUUUUUUUUUUUCUCUUUGGUUUUUUUUUUUUUUUGGAACGGGCCCUUUCGACAAGCUUCUCAAAGAGCGAUAGUUGUAUCUUGUCACCCUGGU